AUGUUGUUCACCGAUAUCGAGAUGGAUGAAUUGGCUUAUAUCAUAGUCAACGGACCUCUGGCUAUUCUCAACAUAUUAGCCAACUUGUUUUUUGCUUUUUGCCUCUUCUGUCCACUGCGAGGCGGAGAGGGGACUCAAACAGCCUGUGAAGUUACUCCUGGGAUUCUUGGUUUGCUGCACCACAAUUUUCCUGGUCUCUCUUAUCAUGUCGGAAUGCAUGUGGCUACUCACUAACAGCAAAGGGAUCCUGUAUGUUGAUACGUUCGUGUUGUUCACUGCAUUUACCAGCAUGUCAACCUCUGUUUGGCUGAAUUUUUUCUACUACACCCAGAUCGUUCCAGCCCAGCGAGCUCUCUUUAUCUUGGUGAAGAGGAACAUCAAAAUCAUAAUUUACUGGGGCCUGUUUGUCGACAGAGUUUUCUUUCUGUUUGACUUGGCUGUUAAUAUAUUUUAUGAUCUCAUCGAGGGAAACGAUAACAACACUUACACGAACGACACUGUUUCUGGUUUUACAGAUGGACUAUAUUACACUUACCUGGUGUUUUUCUAUUCCAAAAUAAUCUACAUGUUUUUUGUCUGUGUGUGA